AUGUAUAUAGAAACAAAAGAACAAAACAAAAGUUAUGUAAUAGAACUUAGAGAAAGUUUAAGCAAAAAUAAGUAUUUAAAAUUGGAAUCAACAUACUUUAACAUUGAUGACGGAAUCACAAUUUACAAUUUUUCAAAAUUAUAUAGUAACAUACCGAGAGGAAUGACGAUAGCGAAUUUAAUAAAUACUGACACACCAAGGGUACAAGACGACACAGUAUGUGAGCAAAUAAACACCACUAAUAAGACACCAACAGAAAAAUAUAAUGACGAUAACAUUGAAGAAAUUAUGGAUAAGCAAGGAAAUGUUAUUAAAAUAUCACAGGAAUUAAAUACUGAACAAAGAAAAAGGGCUUUAAGACUUAUAAACAAUUAUAAACAUUUAUUUACAUCAGAUCCUUUAGACAUUGGUUGCGCCAAGGUAGAACCAUGUGAAAUUAAAUUAAAAACAGAUAAAGCAAUAUUCCAACCACCAUACAGAGUUUCACCUGCACAAAGACAUAAAUUGAGAAUUCUAAUUGAAGAAAUGAUAAACGCAGACAUAAUAGAACCUAGUAAAAGUAAUUACGCUGCUCCAGUAUUUUUAGUUCCUAAGAAAGAAAAAGGGGAAUACCGAUUCUUAGUAGACUAUAGGAAAUUGAACAACGAAACGAUACCCGACAAACACCCAAUUCCACGAUCACAAGAUCUUUUUAGAAGCCUGGAAGGGGCUCAAUAUUACUCUUCUAUAGACAUGGCCCAGGGGUAUUUUCAAAUUCCGAUAAAACAAGAGGACCAAAAUAAAACAGGAUUCAUAACAGAUUUUGGACUUUUUAAUUUCAAAAGGAUACCACAAGGGUUUAAAAAUUCAGCACCAAUUUUUCAAAGAAUAAUAAAUAAUGUAUUCAGUGACUAUCUGUACAGGACAAUGAUAGCCUACCUAGAUGAUAUAUGUUGUUUCGGAACCAAUUUUGAAGAAGCGCUAACUAAUUUAAAAGAUAUAUUCAGUAGACUGGAAGAAGCGGGUCUAAAAUUAAAAACAAAUAAAUGCAAUUUUUUUAGUUCAAAUAUUGAAUUACUUGGACACUCAGUAUCAAACAUAGGCAUAAAACCAUUAGAAAAAAAUAUUAAAGCGAUUACUUCAUUUCCAAUUCCAAAUAAAAUAAAAGACGUAAGAGCUUUCAUUGGACUUACAAGUUAUUAUAGGAAAUACAUUAACAAUUUUGCAAAAAUAGCAAACCCUUUGACAAGCUUAACAAAAAAGGAUAAUAAAUUUGUUUGGGGAAAAGAACAGGUAGAAGCUUUUGAAAUUUUAAAAAAGGCCAUAACCACAGCACCAGUUCUGACACAUUUCGAAGAUGGAUACCCAGUUUUUGUUACCACUGAUGCUUCGCUAGAAGGAUUGUCUGGUAUACUGGAACAAGAAGACAACAACGGUAAAAGGCAUCCUAUAGCCUAUGCUUCUAGAAAAUUAAAAGGAGGUGAAAAGAACUAUACAACUACAGAAUUGGAAAUGUCGGCUGUAGUAUUUGCGACCAACCACUUCAGAGAAUAUCUCUUAGGGAGAAAAAUAACUGUGUUUUAG